AUGGCGGCGCCCUGUGGGUCGGAGCUGGCGGUGGCGGCGGCGGACUCGCCGCUGAAGAUCCCGAAGAUGGAGGUGCCGUCCCCGGCCUCCCCGGGCGGCCUGAGCGACGGGAACCCGUCCCUGUCCGACCCGUCCACGCCGAGCGGGGCCUCCCCGGGGGCGGCCGUGGCGGCGGCGGCCGUGGCGGCGGCGGUGGCGGCGGCGGGCCGCGCCGGCCCCGGCCCCGGCCCCGUCCCCGCCCCGUCCUCCGCGGCGGCGGCGGCCUCGUCGUCGUCGUCGUGCUUCUCCCCCGGAGGGGCCGCGGGGUCGUCGUCGUCGUCGUCGGCCGCCGCCGCCGCCGCCGCCGCCGCCGCCUGCCGCGGCAUGUCGUGGACGCCGGCCGAGACCAACGCGCUGAUCGCCGUGUGGGGCAACGAGCGGCUGGUGGAGGCCCGCUACCAGCAGCUGGAGGGGGCCGGAACCGUGUUCGGCAGCAAGGCCCCGGGGCCCGCCAUGUACGAGCGCGUCUCCCGCGCCCUGGCCGAGCUCGGCUACGAGCGGACCCCGUCCCAGUGCCGCGAGCGCAUCAAGACCCUCCGCAGGUGUUACAGUCGGGUGAAAGAACAUGGUGUUGGGAAAAGAAAGAGCAGUUACACAUUUGAACAGUUGGAACAGGUGUUUGGUCAGGGAGGAUGGGAUUCUCAGCCCUGCCAGCCUGUACUUAUUAACAGUAGUGGCUUGUACCAGGAGCUGGAAUCAGACGGCAGCACCAUGGAAGAUUAUUCACAGGACGACUGGGGAAACCACAGUCAGGAGCUCCAUGGCUACCCGACUGAUCAGGAAUUGGAUGAAAUGCCUGCCACAAAAAGAACAUUAAAAAUCAAGCAGGAGUCUUCUGAAGAGGCACAGAAGCGAGACAGCAUGCAGAACAUCGUGCAGAUCCUGGAGUCGGUCCAGCUGAAGUGGGAGCUGUUCCAGAGCUGGGCCGACUUCUCGCGGCUCCACCUGUCCAACAAACUGGCCAUCUUCGGGAUCGGCUACAACACCCGCUGGAAAGAAGACAUCCGCUACCACUACGCCGAGAUCAGCUCCCAGGUGCCGCUGGGCAAGCGCCUGCGUGAGUACUUCAACUCGGAGAAGCCCGAGGGCCGGGUCAUCAUGACGCGCGUGCAGAAGAUGAACUGGAAAAACGUCUACUACAAGUUCCUGGAGAUCACCAUCAGCGAGGCCCGCUGCCUGGAGCUGCACAUGGAGGUGGACUGGAUCCCCAUCGCCCAUUCCAAGCCCACCGGCGGCAACGUCGUCCAGUAUUUAUUGCCCGGGGGCAUCCCCAAGAGCCCGGGCCUGUACGCCAUCGGCUACGAGGAGUGCGGCGAGAGGCCCCUGUCCCCAGAGCGGGGCGGGGGCCGGGACCUGGGGCCCGAGGGCCGGGAGGAGGUGGCGGAGCUGGAGGCCGCCCGCAUCAACUACUGCUACCUGGGCAUCGCCGAGGUGCGGACUCUACAGCAGUGCCUGUUCCUCCACUUUCAGGCCAACACCAAGACCUUCAGCAAGGAUUGGCUGGGCAUCAAUGGCUUCCUGUCCCAGAACUGCCUCGUCCAGCCCGGCGUGUCCCCCAAGUCCAUCUACAUCAAAUUUGUGGAGGUGGAAAGGGAUUUUCUCUCUGCGGGCUCGCUAGUCGAGUGCCUGGAGAAAGCCAUUGGGUACCCCUUGAAGUUCAACAACUGAAUCUCAUCCUUCAUAAGGAUCUGGGCUCUUGCGUCGUCGUCCCGACCCCCAUUCCCCCCCCACCUCCGCCCAUUUUGUUCCUUCCUCCCUGCCCUCAGACCCGUCUCCCAAUAUACACACACACACAAACUUCUCUCCAGUUGGACCAAUCCGACUUUUAUGGAUAUCAAAGCGGACUUCAGCGAGAAAGAAGCCAACAGACCCCCUUCGCCACCCUGGUCGACAGAGUCCUCCUGCUCGAGGAAGACACGUUCCUCCCAUCCCCCUUCCCCCCCACCGUCCUCCCAUCCCGUCGUUCCCCCCGUCCCCUCCCCUUAAGUGAACUCAUGGGGCGGGGUGGCCGGUUUUUUAUUAAAAAAAAACAAAAAUAAAAAAACGGAUUUUAGAGCCCCACUAUAAACGACAGUAGGUACAUUCCACAUUGGACCAGACUCUUAUACUUUGAGUUUCAUAUGGAAAUGAAAGACUGUAUUUUUUUCACGAUGUUUCAUUUUUACACAUCUCUUUGUCGCUUAUAAGUGUUAUUUACAGCCCUGAAUAAAUAAGCAAUAGAUAAUGACAAGUUAAACCUUGAAUCACAUUAAAAGAGACUGUUUUUCAG